AUGUUUGGGGAGGAUUGUAGCAAGCAGUGUGGAUAUUGCAGGGAUGGAGCUCAGUGUAACCAUAUCAAUGGGUCGUGUCUCUCAGGUUGCAACUCUGGAUACAUCGGAGAUGCAUGCAAUGAAGUCUGCAUAAAUGGGACGUAUGGAAUUGGCUGCAUCAAAACAUGUAGCAUGUUUUGUUCUGUGUCGGGUAUUUGUGAUCACGUGACUGGAGCCUGUAACAAUGGCUGUAAAAAUGGAUGGAUUGGACUCGAUUUCUUAGAAGUAAAGGAAUGCGACGACAAUAAUGUCGCUCUCUACAGUGUUAUCGGGGUCCUGUGUGUCUGUUUACUUGUAAACGUGCUACUGUUGAUCUACUUCAUCUUCUUUAGAGAGAAAUGCAGGGAAAUGCAAUGGAUUAUAAGUAUAAAGAGGGCGAAGAAAUUAGUCCAGUGGUAGGAGUUGUUGCGGAUGCUUCUGUACAUUAUAGUUCUAGCACUGAAAAUUACGAAACACUAGCAGUAAUAAACCAAUAAAUUCAUACAAAUUGAAACACUUUUGUUAAUGAACUUCCUUG